AGACACACUGCGGGGGGGGGCGGGGGGGAGGAAAGGGGAGGCGGCGGAGCUCCCCGAGCCGGGACAGUCACUCACUCACUGGGCGGUGGGGCCGGGCACAGACAGCGCCGCCCCCCCACCCCUCCCGCCUCGCACGCCCUCGGAAGCGCAGGCUAACCGCGCUGCGCUGGGGGGGCUUCCCAGCACCCCAGCCUCUCGUCCCUCGCCCGCAGCACCUCCGGGCCCCCCUUACCCUCGAGAGGCACCGGGAGUUGUUUCAGGGGGCCCUCGGGAAAUUCCCCGAACCCCUGUGCCAGGAGGUGCCCGGUGAGUCCGCCCGCACCCCCCCCCCCCCGAGGGCGGUGCCCGGGGGCGCUGCCCCAUGGAGCGGGAAGGCGGGCACCGUCUGCUCCCGGAGCCGUGACCCGAGUUGGAGCUGUGUGUCGAAGCCGCCCCGACCCCCGCGGAUCAUGCGCCGUCGCCCCUGGCUCGCCGGUCCCACCGGGCUGUGAGCCCCCCAUUCCUGGCCCAUCACGGCCCGCGCGCGAUGGGCAGCACCCACCCUUGCCCCUGGCUGCGGCUCCGACCUCGGCCCCAGCCGCGGCCCGCGCUCUGCGCGCUCCUCUUCUUCCUACUGCUGCUGGCUGCCGCCUUGCCCAGGUCUUCACCCAAUGAUAUUCUGGGCCUCCGCCUCCCCCAGGAGCCCGUGCUCAACGCCAACACAGUGUGCCUGACAUUGCCAGGCCUAAGCAAGCGGCAGAUGGAGGUGUGUGUGCGCCACCCUGACGUGGCCGCCUCAGCCAUCCAGGGCAUCCAGAUCGCCAUCCAUGAGUGCCAGCACCAGUUCCGGGACCAGCGCUGGAACUGCUCUAGUCUUGAGACUCGAAACAAGAUCCCCUAUGAGAGUCCCAUCUUCAGCAGAGGUUUCCGAGAGAGUGCCUUCGCCUACGCCAUCUCGGCAGCUGGCGUGGUGCACGCUGUAUCCAACGCCUGCGCCCUGGGCAAGCUGAGGGCAUGUGGCUGCGACGCGUCCCGGCGUGGGGAUGAGGAGGCCUUCCGUCGGAAGUUGCACCGCCUGCAGCUGGAAGCGCUGCAGCGCGGUAAGGGCCUGAGCCACGGAGUUCCCGAGCACCCUGCCCUGCCUCCUGCCAGCCCAGGCCUGCAGGACUCCUGGGAGUGGGGCGGCUGCAGCCCCGACAUGGGUUUCGGAGAGCGCUUCUCUAAAGACUUUCUGGACUCCCGGGAGCCUCACAGAGACAUCCAUGCGCGCAUGAGGCUCCACAACAACCGAGUGGGGAGGCAGGCGGUGAUGGAGAACAUGCGGCGGAAGUGCAAGUGCCACGGCACGUCAGGCAGCUGCCAGCUCAAGACGUGCUGGCAGGUGACGCCGGAGUUCCGCGCUGUAGGGGCACUGCUACGUAGCCGCUUCCACCGCGCCACGCUCAUCCGGCCGCACAACCGCAACGGCGGCCAGCUGGAGCCGGGUCCCGCGGGGCCACCCUCGCCAGCCCCGGACAUUCCGGGGUCUCGGCGCCGCGCCGGCACCGCCGACCUGGUCUACUUCGAGAAGUCGCCCGACUUCUGCGAGCGCGAGCCGCGCCUGGACUCGGCGGGCACCGUGGGCCGCCUGUGCAACAAGAGCAGCGCGGGCCCGGACGGCUGCGGCAGCAUGUGCUGUGGCCGCGGCCACAACAUCCUACGCCAGACGCGCAGCGAGCGCUGUCACUGCCGCUUCCACUGGUGCUGCUUCGUGGUCUGCGAGGAGUGCCGCAUCACCGAGUGGGUCAGCGUCUGCAAGUGAGCGGACGGCUCGCCUCCCUGCGCCUGGUCCUCUGCGGCUUGCGAUCUUGGCCGGGCAGCGUCACCUUGGUUCCUGGGAGUGGAGGAUGGACCACAAAAAUCUUACAGGAACCUCCCAGCUCUGAGGUCGUCAAAGACUGCAAUCACGGGACGGUUCAGGCCCGCUCAGACCCCCUGCUCACUUCUGUGGCCUCCAGGACCGGUUUGCCUCCCGGCUCUCUGACCCAAGCUCAGACAGCUCCGUUGGGCUGGCGGUUGCCCCACACUCUAGGGCAGUGUCAGCCAGGCAUCCUCUGGGCCUGCCUCCUUUUAUCUCUUCACCCCUACCCCUGGAGAGGGAGGGAAUGAAUGGAAGCUGAUGGGGAGGGGGAGGAGGAUUAAAAAGAAGGAAUGGACAUCACUGAGCUGAAGUGAUUCUGCAGAGGCCUCAGACACCCUCCCCCACUGGCCUCUGUCCCUCAUCAUUCAUUUAACAAAUAUUUAUUUUUCACUCUUUGUGACCUGGCACUCUGUGGGGGACGAGAGGUGCUGGGGAUACAGAUGUGAAUAAGAGACAGAGAACCUGCCCUCUUGGAGUUUACAUUCGGGCUGGGGAAGAUGGACAAUAAACAAGAAAAUACACAAACAA